UGCAAUGGCGAUGGCGUCCUCCUCCUCCUCCUCCUCCUCCUCCUCCUCUUCGUCGUCCUCCUCCCACCUCUGCUCCUCCAGCCUGUGGGUGGUCGCCGGGCAGGGCUGCCUUGUGUUCACGUCGGCCCCGUGGCAGUCAUUUGGCGUGUAUCUUAUUAUGCCUCAGGGAAAACGAGGGAGCGGGAGGAGUAGAAUACCUCAUCGUCCACCUCCUCCAUUUUACGGGGCAGACAAUGAAGGAAGGUCCAGUCGGGUUUAGCCACACUUCCCGUCUGAAAUGAACCAGAGUCAAAUACGAACGCCACACGCAGCCAGAGCCUCCAGCCAACCGACAGCGUGGCAGCAGCUGACGUCAGUGCGUGACGCAGAGGGGAGGCGGGGCCUCGCCCAGCAACAUUUAUAAUAUCACUGCUUCAAUUCACCUGAGGUCCACGCAUCGGGUCUACACCUGAGAUGUGAGCUGGACAGCGGCGGAGAUGACGGGACAGACCGAGGUGGACAUACCCGAAACAGGAGCCAUCUUCACAUUUGGACGGAGCAGCUUUGCAGACAACAUGCCCAGUAAAUUCUGGUUGAAGAACGACCAUCCGGUGCAUAUAUCCUGUGGCGGGGAGCACACUGCUGUCAUCACAGAAAAUGGGAGGGUGCUCAUGUUCGGUGGUAACACCUGGGGCCAACUGGGCCUGGGAUUUAAGCCUGCCACCAGGAAACCUGCCUCCGUGAAAGCCUUAAAGUCUGAGGUGAUGAAGCUUGUAGCUUGUGGGAGAGAUCACACAAUUGUCUGCACAUGGCAGGGUGGUGUGUACGGUGCAGGCAGUAACCAGGAGGGGCAGCUCGGUUUGGGCCACAACAACAGCAACACUGCAUCCUUUCACCUGCUGCGUCCAUUCUGUGACCAUUCACCAAUCCGAUUGCUCUCCGCAGGGUGCAACACCUCCGCUGCCUUAACAGAGGACGGGAGGCUGUUCAUGUGGGGAGACAACUCCGUGGGUCAGAUCGGUUUAGGGGACGAGGGAUUGGCGGCAGAACCCAGAGAGGUGAAUGUUGGAGAAGCAGUGAUUUGGGUCUCCUGCGGGUACCACCACUCAGCGUUUGUCACAGUGGAUGGAGGCCUCUACACAUUUGGUGAGAGCGCAAAUGGACGACUUGGUCUCCAGGUGGAGCAGCUCGCCGAUCACAGAGUCCCCCAGCGAGUGAGAGGGAUUCUGGGUCGUGUCAUCCAGGUGUCCUGUGGAGGGGAGCACACUGCCGUACUCACAGAGGAGAACGUGUACACGUUCGGCAGGGGUCAGUACGGUCAGCUGGGCCAGGGAACUUUUCUGUUUGAGGUUGAUUUGCCAAAACCACUGGAGCACUUUCCUAACUGCAGCAUCAGACACAUCGCCUGUGGAGAAAACCACACUGCUUUGAUCACACACACUGGACUGCUCUACACUUUUGGCGAUGGUCGUCAUGGAAAACUGGGGCUAGCGGAGGAGAACUUCACCAACCAGUUCAGCCCGACUCUCUGCACACGUUUUCUCAAGUACAAUGUUCAGUCAGUGUCCUGCGGUCAUAACCACAUGCUGGUACUGGCUGCACCGAGACCACCAGAGAGCCAGGGAGUGGUGCCAGAGAAGGAUAUCACAAUCAGUGACGACUUUCUGGAGUCGAGUUACACAGCAACGCUCCUGCUUGACACUUUGACUGAUCCAACUACACUACUCCCACUCUCGGCCUUCGCUGCUCGAGCCCGCCACAGAGAAAAAGAAAGCUCUGUGGAGCUGUUUGGGGAGAUGUUUCAGAACCUCCCACGUUUAACUUCUGGCUUCCUCAACUCCUCCUGGAAAAAGUCCAGAAACGUCUUAACCCCCAAAACACUUCCACAGGACAUCACCACACCUUCAUCAUCUCCCAGACCCCUAUCAGACAUAACCCUUAGCCCACCGUUCUCGCUCGGAUCUCUGUCCAAACCCUCUCGGAGUCCAGCGCAGUCCUCCAAGCCAUCAAGCCCACAUUCUCAAUCAUCAAAUCAGAAUAAAUCUUCCAGAAGCACCUCCUCGAAGUCUAAAUCCAAAGAGUUUCACUCUUCCUUACUGUCACCUAAGUCAAUGACUAAACGUAACUCUGACAUCCUAGUAUCCACAAAGAUUGCAAGUGCUAAAAAGGCCUUAAAUAACAAAAUGUCAUAUCCACCUAAAGAACAAUAUACCACUACACAUCUCAGAGAGAGAGAGCGUCUUGUUUCGUCACAAACAGAAGAAGAAACCGUUCAGAGACAAGUGAUCAUUGAAGAUGUUGAGGAGGGAGGAUUCCACUCUGACUUUUUGCCCAAUACGGAAACAAAAAAGGCCCGAACUCUUAGAAGAACUACAAAAGAGGCUGAGGCGUUUGCUGAACAGCUUCAGCCCAAAGGGAAAAAAUACCUAAAUUCUCCCAAAGCCUUCCCUACCGAGUUCCUGAAAGGCUCUACCUCUUUAAAGAAAGAAGUGUCUGCAGUUAAGACCACAGAUAAAAAGCACAAAGUCACAUCCAAAGGGAAAGAGAACAUUACCAAAAGGUUCAGUAAAAUCAAAAAUCCAGAAGACAGACAAAGUCAAAAGGAGCUCUCUCUCUUUGAAUCACCAAAACCUAAUAUGAGCAAACAGUCAGAGUUGAGCCCCAAAAUUCCACAAUCUAUUCAAAAGACACCAGCUAAAGCACGUCAGAGAGUCGCUGAAGUGAAGGAGGGUGCCAAGAGAAGUAGUAAUUUGCAAGAAUUUCAUAUAAACCAAGAGGAUGUGAAAGACAGGACUUUAAAUAAAGACUUGAUAGGCACACCAAAAUCAUCAGCAUCAUCAUCUUCUGUUAUCAAGGUCACAAAAGGAAACGGAACAACCAGCGUGUCCGUCCAAAGUGGAAGUUCCACUCCGACAGAAAAAGCUGCAGAGGAAGACAUCAAACCAAUCCAGAUAAAACAAAGAGACGUCAAAUCAAUUCCAGCAAAAGAUUGGUACAAGGUCACAUCUGCACCGGGGAUAUUUCAAAGUAAAUCACAAUGUGCAUCUGUGAAAAAGGAAACUACAACUGUCACCUCCGCUGCUCCGGCUGAGCCUGAGGACUCACUAAGUUUGGUAUCUACACCUGUGAAACUCAAAGGGAAGCAACGGCAGAUCGAAGAUCAAAGGAAACAUGCAGAAAAUACUCCAGUUAAAACUAGAGGCAACUCUGUCAAGAACACAGAUCGAAAAAUCACAGUUAAACCUGCUGAUGAACAGAAGUUACCUGGUGACGGUGAUAGAGUAAAGGACAAAAAGAAAGCGAAGGAAUCUGAGCUGAAGGCAAAGACAAAGCCAGCGCGGAAAGGAGAGGAAAUCAAAGUUCAAGGUGAAGCAGAUGCUAAAGAUAACACGAGGAGUAAUAAGACUGUAUCUCCACAGCAGGAUACACCUACUGCAGUGGCGAGUAACCCCAUGUCUUCAAAAAGCCCUGAGGUUUCAGUCAGCGAAGCCAAAUCCCUACACGGCUCCGAAGCUGCUGAUAGGCAUCUGCUUGUUUCACAGAGAGAAAAUGAGGAAACCCUGAGUCUCACUGAGGAUAAACCUAGGUGGGCACAAAUUCUCAGUAACACAGCCUCUCUUCUUCCAGCUGUUGGGAUAGCAGGUGCGGCUGCAGGCGUCCUCAGCGAGGCGGUGACAAGUGUACAGGGUUUGCAGGCCGCGGACAGUGACACAGCUACUUCUCCAUCAUCCAAAGGACGCAAUCAAGCGAAGCAGUUCACAAAGCAAAGUGCGAUUAUGCAGCCGUCCUUCUCCUCGACAUUGUCGCGUUUGUCGUCAGCCGAAUCAAUAAACCAAGAGGAGGAAAUCACAACGACAGAGGAUGGAGUCAGUGUCCAGUCAGAGACUGGGAAUACGGUUCAAGAAGGGGAAAAUGAUGAUACCACUCGAGAUCUGUCGGAGCAGGAGGCGGUGAAAAGUGACAAGACCAAGCAGAUGGAGGGUGCAGGCGUUUCACAAACAGAGGGGGAAAACAGGGGUGAAGACAUGGACACCUCCCAGCAAGAACAUGAAGAAGAAGAGGAUGAAGAUAAGAACACCUCCAAGGUCUCCAAUGAAGAGGAUGAGAAUAAUGAGGGAGAGGAAGGUGAUACUGAAAAUGAGGAGAAGAAGGAGGAUGGGGAGGGAGAGAGUGGAAGUAGUGUGGAAGACGAAGAAGAAGAAGAGGGGGUUGGAGGUGGAAGUAGCAGUGACAAUUCCGAGAGUAUUUCUGGAGAGGAUGAGGAAGAGCUAGAUGAGUCUCUGGAAGAAGAAAGUGAGGAGAACCUAAGCUCCAGCAGUGAGGGAGAGGAUGAGGGGAAUGAGACGAAAAAUGAUACUACAGAACCUGAAGAGGAGGAAGAAGGAAAAGAAGAGGAGAGUGAGGAGAAAAUAAGCUCCAGCAGUGAGGGAGAGGAUGAUGGGAGUGAGAAGAAUGAUACUACAGAACCUGAAGAGGAGGAAGAAGGAAAAGAAGAGGAGAGUGAGGAGAAAAUAAGCUCCAGCAGUGAGGGAGAGGAUGAUGGGAGUGAGAAGAAUGAUACUACAGAACCUGAAGAGGAGGAAGAAGGAAAGGAAGAAGAAAGUAGUGAGGUGACAGGUGAAAGGGGGAGUGACUCUGAAACAGCCAAAGAGGAGGAGGAGGAGGGAAGUGAAGUUGAAGAGUCCAGUGACAAAGUGAGUCAAGAGGAAGAGGAUGAAAGUGAGGUGAUUGAGGACGAAGAAGAAGAAAAUAGUGAAGAGUCAGGGAGUGAAAGUGGUAGCAAGAGUGAACAGUCAGAAGAAGAUGAGGAGGACACAGAGGGAAGUGACACUGCAGAGUCAAGUGAAGAGGAGGAAGAAGAAGACAAUGAGGGUGAUGAAAAUGAAGAAGACGGCGAGACCGAGGACCAAAAAGUUGAUCAAGAUUCCACUGAAAGCGAGGAUGAGGAGAAAGACUCAGAGGAUGAAGAAACUGAUGAGAGUGAAGGAGAGGAAGUUGAUGAUGAGAAACAGGGUGAAGUGAGUGUUGAUAAUGAGGAGGAGGAAGAGCAAAAUGAACAAAGUGAUGAAGAGCGUGAGGAAGAAAAGUUGAAGGAUGAGGGGGAAAGUGAGAAAGAGGGGGAGGAGGGGGAGGAGGAGGAAAAAGAGGAGGUUACAGUGGAUGAAGAGGAAGAGGGUGAGGAAGAAGUUACAGAGGGGGAAGAGGAAGGUGAGGAGGAAAAAAUAAAGAAGAAAGAUGUGGAGGCUAAUAAAAAAGCUAUGGUAGACACUGAGGAAGAGGGGGAGGAGGGGGGUGAGGAAGAGGAAGACGAGGUGGAUGAAGAAGAAGAGAAUGAAACAAAGAGUAAACCACGAGCAGAGACAAGACUGAAACACGACAGACAAGAACAACAAACUGAUUUAAAGAAAGAUCAAGAUUCUGAGGAAAAAGGGGGUGAGGAAGAGGAUGAGAGUGAGGAAGAUGCAAGUGAAGGGGGAGAAGAAGCGGGUGAGGAGGAAGCAGAGGAAGAGGAAGAAGCGGGUGAGGAGGAAGAGGAGAGUGAGGAGAAAGCAAAGGAUGCAAAGGUCAAACAUGGAAAAAAGCUGGCUCAGGGUGACCAUGAGAGUGAGGAGGAGGAAGAAGAAGAGGGAGAGGAGGAGGAAGAAGAAGAAGAGGGAGAUGAAGAGGAGGAAGAAGAGGGAGAUGAAGAGGAAGAAGAAGAACUGGAAAAGGGUCGAUCGACAACAACAAGAAAAGAGGACACGCAGAAGUUGCCUUCUAAAGCUGCUCCCCAAGACAGAAAAGAGAGGCCGCAGAGAGAAACACCCAAACCAGCACCGAGGACGAAGCAGAGAGCUGCAGCUGCAGGAGACGAGGAACCAGGCGAGAGCCAGCAGUUCUGGAACAACGUACUACCACAGUAUCUGGACCUGCAAUGAAGUUUCUCUCUCUCAGGUCAACUAGGUCAAGUGGAGUCAAAGUAAUUUAUGGCUGUUUCUUACCUUUUUUCGAGGGACUAAAAAGUGCCUGCGGACUUUUGUUUGCCUGAGGCUCCACCGUGUUCUGAAGACCGGAGGGUCUACAGCAAACAGGUGAGAUUCACAUCGUAACUGAGUCAACACCGGAAAGGAGACAAACACUAGCAAGAAGGUGUAUUCAAAACGGCCGACGUGCUAGACUUGAAGUAAGGAAACUAAAAUGAAACACUGGGGUACUCGACCAAUCAGGCGUUUCCACAGCUGCAAGCCCCACCCCAAAGUUCCAUGUACUUUCGUGAAGCACUUCCCCCGAGCAGAGGACUUUUUGGGAGGUAUAAAGACUACCCUGGACACAAUUAGGACUCUAGUCGCCUGUUUAGGAUACGCACAGAGUUCCUGUAGUGAAAGCAACCAACCUGUGCAUGUCUGGAAUGCAUCCUGAAGGGGAGUAUAAUACAAACAUCUACGCAUCCAAUGGUAUCUGCAGCCGUCCAUGUACUCCUCCAGACUGGAGUAUAACUGAGGCCCAACGUCUGCCCCAAUAUGCCGGCGCUUCCUUUUACACAGACAUUGACUUGGCACAAAGGCGGAAUAGCAAUGAGCUGCCCUCAUUCUGUGUUCCCACCUUAUGUACUGAACAGCCAGGUGGACUUAAGGCAACAUUUCAGCCUUGAACAGGCUGUGCAGUGUAGAAUCUAUAUAUAAGGUAUAUGAGAUAUAAGGUGAAACAGCUUCAAGGGUGCAGACAAGUCCAGUUCUCCUCAAUUCAACUUUUCUUGGUGCCUGCAUUUUUUCAUUUUCCAAACUUGAAUCCUCAACUGACGUCAGAUUUCACAGAGCUCCGUUUGGAGACACAAAAGCAUUUAUACAUAGUUUUUCUUCACAUAUUCAGUAGUACACUCCUAAAGACCCGUAAACAGACUUUGAUGUGGAAAAUCACCACACUUUAACCGACAACAACGGAGCACCAUCAUAGACAUUACCUUUAAUGAGAGUAGAUAAAAGACACAAAACAUAAUUUAGAAAAAUACAUCUGGUCGAAGAUAAAGAGAGUAUUGAAAAUGCUCAACAAUCUUGAUUGCAAGACUUCAAUAAUUCCCUCACUUGUGUAAAUCAUUGGAUGUGUUUUCAAACCGUCUGUUGACUUUUUGAUGCAAAAGUAAAAAGAUAAAAGUCUUA